CAUGUGCUAACAGCUGCUCACUGUGUCACGCGUCCACCUACAGCCAGAUACUAUGGCACAGCCUUUGACGUUUUCAUUGGGGACUUGUCAUCUUCUGCUGUAAAUGAAGUCGGAGAGCAAAAGUUCACUGUAGACGUUUCGUCUGCGAUUAUUCAUCCAUCCUGGGUUUAUCCUUCGGCCCCUGUAUAUGUUCACUACGACCUGGCCUUCCUGCCUUUGCCAAGACCGUUGCAGACACUUUACAAACGGCGGAUUUGGAUGGAACUUCUUGUCGAAGUUCCUAUGGAUCCGAAACAAUUUGCUUGGGGGGAGGCAAUGAACAAAGUGUGGUUUGCGGAGUAUGGUGACAGUGGGUCUCCAUUGGCAAUGGACAUCAAAGGAGAAACAAUGCUCAUUGGGGUCACAAUUGCCGGUUACUGCGACACAAGUUCAACAGUGGAAGAUUCCAUAGGAGCCAACAGGGUUGCAAAACCCGUGAUCGUGGCAGGAACCACUGUGACCGACAGAAAAACGAGGCCUUACUUGAGGUUUAAGGGAUUAUCAUUUGAAGUCGUUGUGGGAGACUUGUCAUCUAAUAUUACCAAUGAAGUUGGGGAACAAAGGUUUCCGAUUUCGCCUUCGUAUGGAAUGAUUCAUCCACUCUACAAUCACACUGGCAAUCAUGCACCAUGGGACCUUGGAUUACUGCCUCUGCCCAGACCAGUACAAGAGACAGACUACGCUAAACCCAUCAGAGUUUACACUCUCUUGGAGGGAAACAAUCUUGCUGGCAAAACAAUUAUAGCUUCAGGAUGGGGAGGGAACAGUAUAACCAGCAAUGGCACGUCAGUUACUCUUCAAACUGCCGAGAUGGAUGGAGCUGAUUGUACCCCACACAAAUAUGGACCUGAAACUCUAUGCUUGGGUGGAGGCAAUGAGCAGAGCGUCAUAUGCGGGGGUGACAGUGGGUCUCCAAUUGUGAUGUACAUCAAUGGAGAGCCAAUGCUUGUUGGGGGUGACAGUGGGUCUCCAAUUGUGAUGUACAUCAAUGGAGAGCCAAUGCUUGUUGGGUGGUGUCAAUAUGGCACCAUUGUAGUUGUGAGGUGGGAGGAAAGACGGCUGAAUCAAGGUUGUCUAAAAAUCCUUGUGAAGUUGAUUGGGAAUGCGAAAAUGGACGCGAAUUUAAUGACGCAACCCAUGGGGUAUGAUGGAAGACUGCAAGUGCCAAAAAAAGCUCUUUCACCUAUCCAGAAAUCUGGGGAUUGUUAUGAUGAUUGGCUUGGUGCCAGGAAG